AGACGAGCGAUUUUCCUGACCUUUAGCUAUCGCUAGUGGCUCAAAGAGCAGUUGAAUGCAUAUUCUGUUCACGGCAUGCAUAAUUAGAGACCUGGAUAGCCAGGACUCAAAGGCAAUCAACCAGUUUUGUCCAUCUUUCUUUGCUAUUUCUCCAUUUGACCAAAAAGAAAAAUUCACCUUACUUCUACCAUACUAUCCAAAUCCUAGCCUCACUUCUCUAACCAAGCGCAUCCAGCUUGUGAUUGGCAUCAUGUGCACGUCCUUGUACGUACAGUACACCUGUGGAUGUAAAAAAGAAAUGGAAUUCGUCCAGUGCACCAAUCGUCAAGGGACCAAUGUGAAAUGCAAGCCGGUGAGGAAGGAAUUGGGAAGGGAAUCUCCAAAUCACUGUCGAGGCCAUCUCGUUAUUCCUGAUGCUCCGAAGAAGUACUUCUCGGAUGAGGAGUUGCAGGAUUGAGCAACCGAAAUAGAGCACAAUCGUCCGCCAAGCUGGAUGAAGGGGUUGGUGCCGGCCAAACGCCCGUCAAGUUGAGGGAAGGCUCUAUCAAGGAUAAGAGGAGUGUUAAGGAUCAACAGUCGGCGAGGCUUACAUGGCAAUCAAGUCAAUUCUAAAGAUGCUCGUGAUAAG